CACAACUCUUAUCUUCAUCUUCUUACAUUCGUGUUUGUCUUAAUCCGUUUAGCUUUUUAUCAAGACAAGAAAAAAGAGUUUUUAAGAUAUUUUCUUAACCCAAAAGAGAUCUAAAGAACAUGGCGAUGGUUUCAGGAAGACGUUGUUCUACUCUAAACCCCCACGCGCCUCUCUUCGUUCCGGCGUCUGUAAGACAAGUGGAGGAUUUCUCACCGGAGUGGUGGCAGUUGGUGACGACAUCGACAUGGUACCAUGACUACUGGAUCAGUCAGAACCAAGGAGCAGAUGGUUUCUAUGAUGAUGGUGAAGAAGUCGAUGUAGCUGAUCUUCUUCCGGAGUCUUUUGGUUUUGAUGACAUGGAAGAUCUCUUUGAGGCUGAUGAGUUUGAUGGAGAGAUCUACCAUGCGGUUUCUGAGUUUGGUUUAGGGAAGAAUGGUGGUGAGAUGGUGAGGAGAUUGAGUGGGAAUAGGAGUCCUAGGUUGUUUGUUGAACCGGCCAAGUAUGCUGAGAAGCCAGCUAAAUGGACGAACCAGAGGGUUGCUGCUCCAAGAAACAUUCACCAGCCUCGUUGAAGAAUGAGUUGUUUAACUAGUGAGAGUCUGUUGUAUCUUUAGCCACUGUACCUUUGUAAUUUUUCUUUAGUAUUUGAUUUCCCAUAAGAGAACUUGUAACUUCUUUGUACCUUUAUGAUGUUCAUUCUCAAACUUGUUAUCACAAAGAAAAAUGUUAAACAUAAAAAAAAGUUGUAAACUUUGAAGAGAAAUGAGAACUAGAGUUUUAUUUCA